GGAGAAUAUAAACGGAUAUAAUUUAAUAAAAUGAACGAAUUUUAAGGCUUUUGUUUUCAUCACAUUCUUGAUUGGAGACUGAGAAACCUCAAUACGAAAAUAGCCAUCUUCUUCAACCUAUGUGAUCUUCUGUCUUUCUUCCUUUUCUCACUCGGUUUUAGUUUCUGGGUUUGGUUCGGAUAAAAAGACGGUGCCCCAAUUUGUUUUCUUUUUAAGUGUUCAAAUGCUGGAUUUGGACUGAAAUUUAGCGCCUGGGUUUCAUUUGUGGCGAUUUUAAGGGAAACCCAUUUGAGAGGAAGAUUCUUUCUAUCUCCGUCUAGAUUUUUACUUCAUGGGAGUUUCCUGAUUUGAGAUAGAUGUGCUCGUGUCAAGUGUUCUUUUUUCUCUAAUGUACGGUAAAAAAGGAAACAUUUUUAUUGUUGAAUGAAAUAUGACAUAUGCAGACGCUUGGUUCAGUGGUUUUGUUCAUUUUUCAUGUCAAUUUGGGUUUUUUUUUUCUUUUCUGAGAGACGCAUAUCAGCUUUCUCCUUUUUCACCUUUUUAAGUGUAAUGGACGAUGUAGAAAGUUUCGGGAUGAAUUUAAGGUUUUUUCCUACUCUGGAGUGGAUGAUGUACAAAGUUUCCAAGGCUUGGCUGAUUAACAGUAGAGGACUGGCAAACAAAGUGAAAAAUGCUGCUCUAUCGUCUGCUUAUCAAAUCAAAGACUGUGGGGCAAAUCGUGAUUGCCCAAAUUGCCAUUUUGUUAUAGAUAACAGUGAUGUUUUAUCAGAAUGGCCGGGCUUGCCAGCUGGUGUGAAGUUUGAUCCAUCUGAUGCUGAACUCCUAGAACACUUGGCAGCUAAGUGUGGUGUUGGAAACUCAAAACCGCACAUGUUUAUCGAUGAGUUCAUCCCAACACUUGCUGGGGACAAUGGAAUUUACUACGAUCAUCCGGCAAACCUUCCUGGUUCAAAGAAUGAUGGAAGCAGCUUCCAUUUCUUCCAUAAAACAAUUAAUGCAUAUGCUACCGGUCACCGGAAGCGCCGCAAGGUUGACUGUCAUCGUAGCUUGGCUGCAGAGCAUGUCCGCUGGCACAAAACAGGUAAGACCAAGCCUAUAAUGGAAAAUGGAGUUCAGAAGGGCUGUAAGAAGAUCAUGGUCCUAUACAAAAGUUCAAAGAAAGGCUCCAAAGCAGAUAAGUCUAACUGGGUGAUGCAUCAGUAUCACCUGGGAACUGAAGAUGGUGAGAAAGAAGGUGAAUAUGUGGUUUCAAAGAUAUUCUACCAACAGCAUAAGCAGUCAGAAACGAAUGAUAACAAUUUGGUCAUUGAAGACGAUGUCAAUGCACUUGGAACUAGUCCAAGGACCCCCAUAACAAGUGCUCCAAAUCCACCUAGACCAGGGAAAUCUGUUGGGUGUGAUGAUGUUCCUGAUGAAGAUGUGUUAGACUCAUCUGCCAAGGAAGCAGAGCUUGUGCCUGGUACUCAGUUUGGGGACAAUAUAGGGGACACUACCUGGUUGGCAGGCGAAUCUCAGGCUGAUGAAAACUGUGAUUUAGAUUGCUUGGAGGACACCUUGUUAUGCAAGGAGACUUUUGAUUCUUCCACUCUUCUAAAUGGUUCGUUUGCAGAUGGCAUAUCUAGCACUGACUUUCCAAGCAAUAUAUACGGGGUGACUGGAAAUAGCAGCACAUCAUGUGGAAUUGGUGACCUUGAGAACAUUGAUCUUGGCACUCCACCAGAUUUCCAGCUUGCUGAUUUGCAGUUUUGUUCCCAAGACAGUUUACUUGGAUGGCUAGACAGGUUAUGAGCGAUGAUGGAAGAGCUUCCGGGAAUAACAUGGAAUUCCCAAUUUUGUACAAUCCCAGAGUCCAUUUAAAUGGCAUUUUUUCCUGCAUAUUCUUCAAUGGCAACAAGGAAAUUUCAUUUGCUUUUGGAGAUGCACGGAUUUUCCCCUUGCCCUCAGCAAGUUCUCCGAGCUUUUGAAGUGCCAAGGCAUGUAGCCAUGGAGUUAUAUAUCAGAAUCAUUCAGCUGUCUACUAAGUUAGAUUAGCAUUGAGAGCUCAGACCGAUGAACUAAAAAUUAUGCCUACAAUUCGUGUUCCUCUCGUUAUCUUGGCUCCUCCUAGUGUUAUUACUGCACCUUGGAAGGUGCCUAAGUUGGGUUGAUUGUUGUAUUAAUUACAGUUGGUGCUGUGUAUUAGUGAAUAAGUUAAGACGGUUUUUGUAAUCAGUGUGGUUUGUUCCUUGUAUGGCAGGUCAAAGCAUCUCAUGAGAUGCUCCCAUACUACUUGAAAAGCAUGGUAGUAACCCAAAAAAAAGAAAAAAAAAAAAGAAAGAGAUUUUCUGUUGUAUUAUGUAAUUUGGAACUUAUUGUUUAUAUUUAUUGUCUAUGUUUUGUGAUUCUAUUGUCAUUAUCAUUUUAAUUGAUCCAUGUAAUCUGUUAUAUCUCCUGCCUGCUUCUUCUACUGUUUUUGAACUCAACUAGAAAGGUGUAAAACUAUGAUCAGUCCAAAAAAAAAAAAAGAAAAAAAAAAG